UGCAGCGGCUGAGCGCAGCUUGACUCACCGGCAAGCUCAGCGGGGGGGACUCUCCUUCUUAGUGUUGCCAUCAGAAAUAUUAUUAUCACGGCCCGGGUAAAGCCUUUCAAGCCCACGGAGGAUUUGGCGAUGCCUCAGCCGGGACGUGAGAGCGCAGGGGAGGACUGACUCCACGGCAUCGCGUCCGCCGUGGUUCCAAUUUGGACACAUUGCUCGAGCGCGUCUUCGCCUCACACUCCACCUGCCGAGCGCGCGUCGGGAACGAGAAAGCCCAUGGAGGGAUGUCGCGAUGCUGUGCACAAGGAGAACUAAAACUUUGGUGUCGACAUGCGUGAUCCUGAGCGGCAUGACCAACAUCGUGUGCCUGCUGUACGUCGGCUGGAUCACCAACUAUGUGGCCAACGGGGGUCCCAAAGUUGCGGAGAGCGGCGGCGGUGCUGGCGGCGGCGGCGGCGAGGCGGAGAGAAAGUUGGAGGAGGACAGUAAGGGGGAGACCCUGAGGAUUAUCGAGAGGCUGGACCGGCUGGAGAGCGUGGUCAACGAGCACAUCAAAGAAACCCCACUGAAGGACGGCGACGACGCUGCCUCCUCGUCGGACUCCGCCUCCGAUUCCGCCUCCACUCUGUUCGACCGCUGGGGUCACGACCUGGGCCCGGAGAGUCGAAGGGUCGCCCUCAAGAAGUUCCGUUACUAUGGCUACAACGGCUACCUGAGCGACCGCAUCUCCCUCACGCGGCCGAUCCCAGAUUUACGACCGGACGGGUGCAGAAACAUGUCAUACUCAUCAGAUCUUCCUCAGCUUAGCGUCAUCUUCAUCUUUGUCAACGAGGCCUUGUCGGUGUUGCUGCGCUCCGUCCACACAGCCGUCCAGAGGACUCCGGCGCACCUGCUCAAAGAGAUCAUUCUGGUGGACGACCACAGCAGCAGCCUGGAGCUGAAAGAGCACCUGCAGAGCUUCGUGGACGAGACCAACGCUCAGCACGGCCCGGGCUUCGUCAAGGUGGUCCGCCAUGACAAGCAGGAGGGGCUGAUCAGGUCCAGAGUGAGCGGGUGGAGGGCCGCGACCGCCCCCGUCGUCGCUCUGUUCGACGCACACGUGGAGUUCAACACCGGAUGGGCAGAACCUAUUCUGCAGCGGAUAAAGGAGGACCGGACCCGGGUGGUGUCUCCCUCUUUUGACAACAUCAAGUACGACACGUUCGAGAUCGAGGAGUACCCGCUGUCUGCUCAGGGCUUCGACUGGGAGCUGUGGUGUCGAUACCUCAACCCACCAAAGUCCUGGUGGACACAACGCAACCACACGGCCCCGAUCAGGAGCCCUGCUCUGAUUGGCUGCUUUGUUGUCGACAGGAGGUACUUUGAGGAGAUUGGCCUGCUAGACGAAGGCAUGGAAAUUUACGGCGGAGAAAAUGUGGAGCUCGGCAUCAGGGUGUGGCAGUGCGGCGGCAGCGUGGAGGUCCUGCCCUGCUCCAGGAUUGCACACAUCGAGCGCGCCCACAAACCCUACACGGCCAACCUGACAGCCCUCGUGCGUCGGAAUGCUCUGAGGGUGGCCGACGUCUGGAUGGACCAGUACAGGAGCCACGUCUACAUGGCCUGGAACGUUCCACUACAGAACUCAGGAAUAGACAUCGGGGACAUUUCUCAGAGGAAAGCCCUGCGAGCCAGACUCAAGUGCCGACCGUUCAGCUGGUUCCUGUCUAACAUCUACCCCGAGCUCCGAUCCUACAGCGACACGGUUGCUUACGGAGUGUUGAAGAACAGCCUGAGAGACAACCUGUGUUUGGACCAGGGGCCGGACACCGACAACGUUCCCAUCAUGUACCUCUGUCAUGGCAUGACGCCACAGCAGAAUGUGUACUACACCAGCUCCCAGCAGCUCCACCUGGGAGUGCUGAGUCCGACGAUCGACGACGACGACAACAAGUGUCUGGUGGACGUGAACAGCCGGCCCAGGCUGCUGGAGUGCAGCUACGCCGCCACCAAGCACAUGAAGCUCACCUGGACGUUCUCUCAGGGUGGCUCCAUCCAGAACAUCGAGUCUCAGAAUUGUCUGGAGCUGGUAGAGAGCAAACAGUCAGAGUUCACUUUCCAGCUGGCCAUUCAGGAGUGCACCGAUCAGAAAUGGACCAUCACUAACAUACUGACCGUCCUGCCACAGUGAGCACACUGGCACCAGUCAAGUAAUCCCCUUUUUCGCGAUGGACUAACCCAGUAAGCGAGGAACUUCCAGUGAGAAUUUUCCGGCUUCACCUGAUAAUAACCAAACUGACCCAGACCCGAGAUCGACCUUCGCAGAGUUCUGGUUCACGUAAAAACAAUUAAGAGUCCAGUUAGGAAUGGACUAACAUGCUGACCUAAGCGGCGAACUUAAGUGUCCAAAAAAUGGGCUUGGAUACCAGACCUAUUUUUAACGAGAAUCUGCACAGGAAGAGAUGUGCUUCAAUCAGACACGGAUCAUCAGUAACCUAAUAACCAUUUUAUACCAAUGACCUGAGAGAAGAGACACUCACAGAUGGUGCCGGGGCUCUUAAAACUUCCCACUCUGCAAUCGAAAUGAGAAAUAUAGUCGCUUGUUCCAGGGGGCAGACUCAUGAAAUCAUAUAAGCACUCUGGUUAUUGCAGAAGCCGGCCUGUGAUGUAUUUUGGGUCCCCAUCCACAGUUUAAGAUGGGGCCCGCACUCCCUCAGUCUCAUUGCACAAUCACCAUAACAAAUCGAGUGAGCAUGGAUUCAAUAUGUUUGUGGGGAGAGGGUGCAAUGCAAGGUGUGUGGCUGCACUCAUUCCAGAGAAAUCGAGCAAUUGCGCAACGCAAACUGGCUGAUCUAUUGCACAAAUUAUGUGGAGGAGACAGCUUUUGAUUUAUUACCGUUACACAUUACUUGACUCAGCGUAGGCAGGACGGGUGCCGCAGCUUCCCCCAGUUCCACAAAGACGAGAAAGAAAGAAAGUGUGACGAGAAUAUCCAGCAAGGAUUGGGGACUGUGAAACCUUAUCUCUCUUAAGUUUCAGGGUGCACUUAGUAAUUUAUUCGAGCUGUCGAUCACGCUGGCAGGUGCCAUAUUCGUGAGUACAGGCGCAAGAGGUUCAUCCAGAAAAGAGGAUUUAAGACCUCCCAGUUCCUCUAACACCAGCACCCAGCUCGACUCCGGCUCAUGCAGCACAAGGUCCCAGGCAGACAGAAUCAGGGGUUGUGGGAGUGUCAGUCUACGGCACGAAAACUUAAUGUGUGACGUAAUGUCGUGAACUUUAACCUCCCCGAUCCAGAGGGUGGCUGUAAUUCACAUAAAAUCAGUAGGCCAACCGGCAUUAAUCAACAAAGGAGAAGCUGUUUCGACUUUUUCGCCACAGCCAAACACACACACACACACACACACAACACUACCCUCACUCAAAUCAACCAGAGGACAGCCGUUCUCAUCCGCAACACCCGAUUGUGUCUGAUUGCGGCCGUAGUGAUGUUGAAAAUGUCGGGGUUGGAGAAGAUGAAGCACACCUCAAGGAUCCCACCCUAGGUCUGAUUUCAAGUCAAGCACAUCGGUCCAAUGAAAGCAGGUGAUCUCAAAGCAGAGGAUCAGUGAUGCGAAAGCUCCAACAUCAAAUCGAUACGACAAAUACGAAUACUCGGUCCACAUUGGGGUUUCUAAUUAUUUUGUCUUAUUUAAGCCGUCUAUGCUAAAUGUUUUAUCCUGAGUUCACCAAACAAUAUACUUUGAAAUCUGACCUGCCGUAACAGCUUUAAUAAAGCUGCCUGUAUACACAGCCUCCAUACACCCACGCAGUACUGAGAGGAUGUCUAAACAGGCAAAAUAAUGGAGAAAAAAAAGCCUGCGUGGGUGUAAGAUGGAUGUGCCGGAGCUUUAACAGAGCGAAAAACUCAAGGUCAGAUAUUUACUGUCCUAUUUCAGGGGUCUCUGCCUUCACAGUCCUCUUUUUGAAUUUCAAGACCUGAGGCUUACUACUUCCAUAAAUUCAGCCAAGAAGAAGUUAUGUUACUUUGAUGAUCCACGACCCCUUGAUAACACUCACAUCACUGAGUUGUGUCCACGGGGAAGCAGAAGCUAUGAAAAAGACUGUUCGGUCCCUGUCAGCAGCCGGAACAUGUUGUUACAUGUUUGAUGCACCAAUCACCUGCACACACCAAUAACUGGGCAUACCUUUUCCGUUAAAUGUGAAUAAUAUUUCUGGUUUAUUACAGCUCAGGUCUUAUUUUUGUAGCUUUAACCAUUGUUUCUAUCAGUGAUGGUCAUAGUAACAACCAGGUUAGUCAGACGGAUUUGAAAAUAAAAUAAAGGCAAACUGUUACUCACUGCUCAA